GCGAAACAGCAGCAGAGCAGCACUGACUUCUCAGUCUACCCUGUAAAACUUUGAUUUCUGUCGUCCCAUUUUUGAAGACAAGUUUUAUACAUGGGUGAAACGAAGAUUACUCCUGAGGUGUUGGAGCAACUACUGCAAUUUUACAAUCUUACUCGUCAGGAGUUUAUUGAGACGUAUCAUAUUCAGCCGUUGGUUUACAUCCCUGAGUUACCGGCCAGCGCCAAAACGGCCUUUGUUAUUUUGUACACGGUGAUUUUCCUUCUGGCUCUCAUUGGCAAUAGUCUGGUUGUCUAUAUUGUCUUAAGAAAGCGCGGGAUCCAGACUGCCACGAAUAUUUUCAUCUGCUCUCUAGCCGUCAGCGACCUUCUGAUAUCUUUCUUCUGCAUCCCAUUCACUCUGCUGCAAAACAUCUCCUCUGAAUGGUUCGGGGGUGCGUUGGUGUGCAAGACAGUUCCCUUUGUUCAGACCACUGCGAUUGUGACUGGCAUUCUCACAAUGACCUGCAUCGCUGUGGAGAGGUAUCAGGGGAUUGUACACCCUCUGAAAAUAAAAAGACAGUGCACACCACAAAGAGCAUACAGAAUGCUGGGGGUUGUCUGGAUUGCAGCCAUGAUGGUUGGAUCUCCAAUGCUCUUUGUUCAACAAUUAGAGGUGAAAUAUGAUUUUUUAUAUGAUCUCCAUCAUGUGUGCUGUCAGGAGUGCUGGAGCUCGAGUGCCCAUAGGAAGCAGUAUGCAACCUUCAUUCUAGUGUUUCUCUUCCUCCUGCCUCUUGCAGCCAUGCUGCUACUCUACACCAGAAUUGGUAUUGAGCUCUGGAUUCGGAAACAAGUUGGAGACUCUUCAGUCCUCAAUACCAUGAACCAAAGAGAGGUCUGCAAAAUAUCCAGAAAGAAGAGAAGAGCCAUCAAGAUGAUGGUCACCAUUGUUGUGCUGUUUACUGUCUGCUGGGCACCUUUUCAUACAGUUCAUAUGCUGUUUGAAUACAAUUACCUGAACAAAACAUAUGAUGACAUCACAGUCAAUACACUUAUUGCUGUUGCACAGGCCAUAGGAUUUUCUAAUUCUUUCAACAAUCCUAUUAUUUAUGCUUUUAUGAAUGAGAACUUCCAGAAGAACUGCAUGUCCAUGUCCACCUUUUCCUUUUGCAUUAGGCGGUCCAGUCAACGUGUCGAUGUUAUGGACAAAUCGACUAAGGACAAGGUACUUUUUUGUAAGUCUGCCAGACAAGAAGAAGACAUCUCUGUCGUGAAUACAUAUAGUUGAUCAAGUACAAUCUGCAAGAACAAACAUGCAAACAUCACUGUCUUUUCUGGAGUAUCUAUCUAU